CCUUAUUACUUAUAUUUUGAUUUUCAUUUUUUCUUGAGUUCUCUCUGUCUCUCUCUCACACUCUCUCGGGUUUGCAAAGAACUUUAGAAAGAAAGAAAAAGCACCUAAUGGCUUUUACCUUCAUUGCAAUUGUUGGUGGUGUUUUGUUCUUGUUCUGUUUUUUCUCUGCUCUUUUGAGAUGGAAUGAAGUAAGGUACAUGAAGAAGAAUAAAGGUUUGCCACCAGGUACAAUGGGGUGGCCACUUUUUGGAGAAACUACUGAGUUUCUUAAACAAGGUCCUAACUUCAUGAAAAACCAAAGAGCAAGGUAUGGCAGUUUUUUCAAAUCACACAUAUUGGGGUGUCCUACAAUUGUAUCAAUGGAUGCAGAGCUUAAUAGAUACAUUCUAAUGAAUGAAUCAAAAGGGCUUGUUCCAGGGUACCCUAAAUCCAUGUUAGACAUCUUGGGAAAAUGCAACAUUGCAGCUGUUCAUGGCUCCACUCACAAGUACUUGAGAGGUGCCUUGCUUUCUAUCAUUAGCCCCACCAUGAUCAGAGAUCAGCUUUUGCCAAAAAUUGAUCACUUCAUGAGAUCCCACCUUAGCAAUUGGGACAAUCAAGUCAUCAACAUCCAACACAAAACCAAAGAGAUGGCCUUCCUUUCAUCACUGAGGCAGAUUGCAGGAAAAGAAUCAAGCAGAAUAUCAGAUUCAAUCAUGCCGGAAUUCUUUAAUCUAGUAUUAGGAACUCUUUCUCUUCCUAUUCACCUUCCGGGGACGAAUUAUAGUCGCGGAUUUCAGGCAAGGAAAGCUACUGUGAGUAUUGUGAGUGAGGUAAUAGAGGAAAGGAGAAAAUCCCAAGAAAUACACAAAGACAUGCUUGGAGGAUUGAUGGGAAAUGAUGAUGAAAGUAGACACAAACUAAGUGAUGAAGAAAUCAUUGAUCUAGUGAUUACAGUUAUGUAUUCUGGUUAUGAAACUGUUUCAGCCACUUCAAUGAUGGCAGUGAAGUAUCUUCAGGACCAUCCCAAAGCACUUGAAGAACUCAGAGAAGAGCAUUUGAACAUUAGACAAAGGAAAAAACCAGAUGAACCAAUUGAUUUCAACGAUCUCAAGUCAAUGAGGUUUACUCGUGCGGUGAUUUUUGAGACCUCUAGAUUGGCCACAAUAGUUAAUGGGGUCCUAAGGAAAACUACUCAAGAUAUGGAACUAAAUGGUUAUUUGAUUCCCAAAGGGUGGAAGAUAUAUGUGUACACGAGAGAGAUAAAUUAUGACCAUUUUCUAUAUCCUGAUCCACUAAAGUUCAACCCAUGGAGAUGGCUGGAUAAGAGCCUAGAGUCAAAAAACCACUGCUUGAUAUUUGGAGGAGGUACAAGAUUGUGUCCAGGGAAAGAGUUGGGAAUAGCAGAAAUUUCAACUUUCUUGCACUAUCUUGUAACUAGAUACAGGUGGGAAGAAGUAGGAGGAGAUAAACUUCUGAAAUUUCCUAGAGUUCAGGCACCUAAUGGACUGCACAUAAGGGUGACAUCUUACUAAUUAGGCCGUGACUUUUAUGUACAAAGCUUUUUUAGAAAAAAAAAAAAUGGUUCAAUAAAAAAAAAUUGUCAUGUUAAUUAGUUUAACCGUUUAGAGAAUUUCAGGUAGUAACAUCUUCUGUAAGAUUAUAGAUAGACUGCUAGUU